AUGAGACUCAGUCGCUGUCUGUGCCACGUAAAGCCCAUUAGAUUUGAUUUUCUCAAGUUCUUGUUGUAGUCAGUGGUUAGGAAAUUUGCCAAACUCUUACCCACGAGUUCUGAAAGUUUACUUAAUAUCGAUUUCUCUUUUCACCGUGUUUUCAAUCGCAGUCGCUGAUGUGGCUUUCUCAGAUACCCACCCAAAGUAAAGCUGAAGAUUGCGAAAGAGAGAAAGUUACCUUGCAGGAAAAGUGGCAGUCAUGCUUUUAAGAGUAAUCCUGAGGCGACCUCUAUGUCAUUUUAUUUGGAAGAGGAAAAAGACCACAUACAGUGUGAAUUACAUUAAAGCACUGGUGUCUGGAGAUUGUUUAGAAAUAGAAUGGAAUGAUGGACAUAAAUCUAGGUUUCAUAACAGCUGGUUAAGGUUUUCUUGCCAAUGUGAACACUGUAAGCAGAUGCAUAGUGGCCAGAGGACAAUUGACACCCUUUCUAUUCCAGAACCACUUGAAAUCUCAGAUUUCUCACUUUCUAAAAAUAAGGAGAAUCUUGAAGUGAAAUGGGAGAAUGAAGGAGACCACCUGGGUGUACUCAACUUACAGUGGCUGAGAAAAAAUUGUUACUCUGAAAUGGCCAGAAAACUAGAUAAUAAAAAGAGAAUCACUCAACCUCAUAUGGGCAAGGACAGUUUGCCAGAGGUUGAAUUUAGUACCAUUAUGGAAUCAAGGGAAGGUCUUUGGAAAUUGUUGUCUCAGCUGAGUGACCAUGGUUUGUCGUUAGUGAAAAAUGUCCCUUUUGAAGAUGAGGAAAAUGUGUUAAAGGUUGGAAGACUAAUUGGACCGAUACAAGAGACCAUUUAUGGAAAAACAUUUGAUGUGGUUGCCACUCCAAAUCCAAUUAAUAUUGCAUAUUCCAAUGUAGGCCUUGGAUACCACAUGGAUCUUGUUUACUAUGAGUCACCCCCUGGACUGCAACUUUUGCACUGUCUUAGGUUUGAUUCUGGCAUCGAAGGUGGGGAGAGUUUAUUUCUAGAUGCCUUUUACAUUGCUGAGGAAUUCAGGAAAAAGUUUCCUCAAGAAUUUGAUGAUCUUGUUAGAAUUUCAGGAACAUUUCAGAAGAUACAUUUUGAAAGGGAUUAUCCAGUCAAGUUAGUUUACAAGAGACCACACAUUGUUCUUAGCUCAGAUAGAGAGAUUAUAGCCGUAAAUUGGGCACCACCUUUUGAGGGUCCCUUGUCAGUUCCAGAGGAAGAUGUUGAACCAUAUUAUAAAGCAUACAGAUUAUUUUCAAAAAUGAUGGAUGAAUCUUCUUUACAGAAAUCGGUGAGGUUACACCAAGGAGACUUAGUAUGUUUCAACAAUCGGCGUAUUCUUCACGGAAGAAACUCAUUCACUUUAAAUGGCGGAGUUAGGCAUUUUAAGGGUGCUUAUGUCAACAUCGACGAGUUUAGAAAUACGUUCCAAGUGACAUCAGAACUAGUGGGAUCUGGAGAGCCCUGCAGGAGAACUGGCAACCAUUGCUUUCUUUAGGAAAGCACAAGAAUUAAAUAAUCGUUUUUAUUUGUCUUCAUUUCCAUGAAAUUGAAAUAACGAAAUUUUAGGUAGAAUGAGGAAAUUAUUGCCUGCUGGAGCUGGCUCUUUUGAUUUUUUUGGAUUUAACACCCUAAAUACUUCACCAAACCUCAAAAAUAUUUGCACCUGCGAAGACGUUUAACCGCUGUGUUAUCAUAUGGAGGGAUAUUGAUAUAAUAUAACAAAUGAAAGCUUUGUGAUUGGUUAUUGCCUGAAGUGAGGCAAAAGUAAUGGAUAUUUAUAACAGAAUAAACUGUAACUCGUUGUUACCUGCGAUUUCUCAGCGAUA